ACUUAGAAUAACACUGUUUGUAUUUAACCAGUAUUGCAGACAACCUCCCCUCUGCUACAAGGUUUGAGAUGCUGGACACAGGACAAGUCAUGUAUGAGCACGGCUACAGAAUCGGAUAUGUGGUGGACAAUGUGCCAUACAUCAACAACCACUUGAAGCUUGUGUUGCACUACCACACAGAAGAUGAGGAAACCUUCCGAGUAGUUGGCUUUGAAGUGGAGCCAAGGAGGUGGGUAGCGACUUUGUUCCUUAAGGCUACAGUCACUGUUUUUGAAAAUAACUACUUUGAAUAACUCUAGCUAUAGGAAUGAAAGGCACUUCUUCACUCU